CGGUUGGCCAUAUAGAGGCCGGGGGCGGGGGGAGGUCAGGCGUCACCUCGGCUCCUUUACCAAGAUGGCGGCUCGCCCGCGUCCCGCCACGGCGCCCACCUUAUGAGCUCGGUUUCCUCCCGCUGAUAAGAGUGGAGCGGCCGAAGCUGGCAGGCUAGCGGGCGGCCUCAGGACGGACUCCCUGGCUACUGACCAUUUUGCCGUGGCUCCCCGGAUUGUGUGCACACGCGAGAUCAACCAUGAGCUCCGUCGCAGUUUUGACCCAAGAGAGCUUUGCUGAACACCGAAGUGGGCUGGUGCCGCAACAGAUCAAAGUUGCCACUUUAAAUUCCGAAGAGGAGAGCGACCCCCCCACCUACAAGGAUGCCUUCCCCCCGCUCCCCGAGAAAGCUGCUUGUCUGGAGAGUGUCCAGGAGCCUGCGGGCGCCUGGGGCAACAAGAUCAGGCCCAUCAAGGCCUCCAUCAUCACUCAGGUGUUCCACGUGCCCCUGGAGGAGAGGAAGUACAAGGACAUGAACCAGUUUGGAGAGGGUGAGCAGGCCAAGGUCUGCCUGGAGAUCAUGCAGCGGACGGGCGCCCACCUGGAGCUGUCCCUCGCCAAGGACCAGGGCCUGUCCAUCAUGGUCUCGGGCAAGCUGGAUGCUGUCAUGAAAGCCCGCAAGGACAUUGUUGCCCGGCUGCAGACUCAGGCCUCAGCGACUGUGACCAUCCCCAAAGAGCACCACCGCUUCGUCAUCGGCAAGAACGGCGAGAAACUGCAGGACCUGGAGCUGAAGACGGCCACCAAGAUCCAGAUCCCCCGGCCCGACGAUGCCAGCAGCCAGAUCCGAAUCACGGGCACCAAAGAGGGUAUCGACAAGGCCCGGCACGAGGUCCUGCUCAUCUCGGCUGAGCAGGACAAGCGCGCCGUGGAGAGGCUGGACGUGGAGAAGGCCUUCCACCCCUUCAUCUCGGGGCCCUACAACCGCCUGGUGGGCGAGAUCAUGCAGGACACGGGCACACGCAUCAACAUCCCCCCUCCCAGUGUCAACCGCACCGAGAUCGUCCUCACGGGCGAGAAGGAGCAGCUGGCGCAGGCCGUGGCCCGCAUCAGGAAGAUCUACGAGGAGAAGAAGAAGAAGACCACAACCAUCGCCGUGGAGGUGAAGAAGUCCCAGCACAAGUACGUCAUCGGGCCCAAGGGCAACUCACUGCAGGAGAUCCUGGAGAGGACGGGCGUGUCCGUGGAGAUCCCACCCUCCGACAGCGCCUCCGAGACCGUGAUCCUGCGCGGGGAGCCUGAGAAGCUCGGGCAGGCGCUGACGGAGGUCUACGCCAAGGCCAACAGCUUCACGGUCUCCUCCAUCACCGCCCCUUCCUGGCUCCACCGCUUCAUCAUCGGCAAGAAAGGGCAGAACCUGGCCAAGAUCACCCAGCAGAUGCCCAAGGUGCACAUAGAGUUCACGGAGGGCGAGGACAAGAUCACCCUGGAGGGCCCCACGGAGGACGUCAGCGUGGCCCAGGAGCAGAUCGAGGCCAUGGUGCAGGACCUGGUUAACCGAAUGGACUACGUGGAGAUCAACAUCGACCACAAGUUCCACAGACACCUCAUCGGGAAGAGCGGUGCCAACAUCAACAGAAUCAAGGACCAGUACAAGGUGUCCGUGCGCAUCCCCCCGGACAGCGAGAAGAGCAGCCUGAUCCGCAUCGAGGGCGACCCACAGGGCGUGCAGCAGGCCAAGCGGGAACUGCUGGAGCUGGCCGCGCGCAUGGAGAACGAGCGCACCAAGGACCUGCUCAUUGAGCAGAGGUUCCACCGCACCAUCAUCGGGCAGAAGGGUGAGCGCGUCCGUGAGAUCCGUGACAAGUUCCCGGAGGUUAUCAUCAACUUCCCAGACCCGGCGCAGAAGAGUGACGUCGUCCAGCUCAGGGGCCCCAAGAACGAAGUGGAGAAGUGUGCCAAGUACAUGCAGAAGAUGGUGGCCGACCUGGUGGAGAAUAGCUAUUCCAUCUCAGUCCCGAUCUUCAAGCAGUUCCACAAGAACAUCAUCGGGAAAGGAGGUGCAAACAUCAAGAAGAUCCGAGAGGAGAGCAACACCAAGAUUGACCUUCCGGCAGAGAACAGCAACUCCGAGACCAUCGUCAUCACCGGCAAGAGAGCCAACUGUGAGGCUGCCCGCAGCCGCAUCCUGUCCAUCCAGAAGGACCUGGCCAACAUCGCCGAGCUGGAGGUCUCCAUCCCCGCCAAGCUGCACAACGCUCUCAUCGGCACCAAGGGCCGCCUCAUCCGCUCCAUCAUGGAGGAGUGUGGCGGCGUCCACAUCCACUUCCCCGUGGAAGGUUCGGGAAGUGACACGGUUGUCAUCAGGGGUCCACUGUCGGACGUAGAGAAGGCCAAGAAGCAGCUCCUCCACCUGGCAGAGGAGAAGCAAACCAAGAGCUUCACUGUGGACAUCCGAGCCAAGCCCGAGUACCACAAGUUCCUCAUUGGCAAAGGCGGUGGCAAGAUCCGGAAGGUGCGGGACAGCACAGGUGCCCGCAUCAUCUUCCCCACGGCCGAGGACAAGGACCAGGACCUCAUCACUAUCGUGGGCAGAGAGGAUGCCGUCCGGGAGGCCCAGAAGGAGCUGGAGGCUCUGAUCCAGAGCCUGGACAACGUGGUGGAGGACUGCAUGCUGGUGGACCCCAGGCACCACCGGCACUUCGUCAUCCGGAGGGGUCAAGUGCUGCGGGAGAUCGCGGAGGAGUAUGGCGGCGUGAUGGUGAGCUUCCCGCGCUCCGGCACGCAGAGCGACAAGGUCACCCUCAAGGGCGCCAAGGACUGCGUGGAGGCCGCCAAGAAGCGCAUCCAGGAAAUCAUCGAGGACCUGGAAGCCCAGGUGACCAUCGAGUGUGCCAUUCCCCAGAAGUUCCACCGAUCCGUCAUGGGCCCCAAGGGCUCCCGGAUCCAGCAGAUCACUCGGGACCACAACGUGCAGAUCAAGUUCCCUGACAGAGAGGAGAAUCCAGUGCCAAGUGCAGAGCCGGCCGUGCAGGAGAACGGGGAGGACGGCGGGGAGGGCCGAGACACCAAAGAGGCUGAGCCGGGCUCUCCCAGGAGGUGCGACAUCAUCAUCAUCUCCGGCCGGAAGGAGAAGUGUGAGGCCGCCAAGGAGGCCCUGGAGGCGCUGGUCCCCGUCACCAUCGAGGUGGAGGUGCCUUUCGACCUGCAUCGAUACAUCAUCGGACAGAAGGGCAGCGGCAUCCGGAAGAUGAUGGACGCCUUCGAGGUGAACAUCCACGUCCCGGCCCCUGAGCUGCAGUCUGAGGUGAUCGCCAUCACAGGCCUGGCCGCCAACCUGGACCGAGCCAAGGCUGGGCUGCUGGAGCGCGUGAAGGAGCUGCAGGCGGAGCAGGAGGACCGGGCUCUGAGGAGCUUCAAGCUGAGUGUCACCGUGGACCCCAAGUACCACCCCAAGAUCAUCGGCAGGAAGGGCACUGUGAUCACCCAGAUCCGACUGGAGCACGACGUCAACAUCCAGUUCCCGGACAAGGAGGACGGCGGCCAGGCCCAGGACCAGAUCACCAUCACGGGCUACGAGAAGAACACAGAGGCUGCCCGGGACGCCAUCCUGAAGAUCGUGGGGGAGCUGGAGCAGAUGAUCUCGGAGGACGUGCCGCUGGACCACCGCGUGCACGCCCGCAUCAUCGGCGCCCGGGGCAAGGCCAUCCGCAAGAUCAUGGACGAGUUCAAAGUGGACAUCCGCUUCCCCCAGAGUGGGGCUCCAGACCCCAACUGCGUCACCGUGACGGGGCUCCCUGAGAAUGUGGAGGAGGCCAUCGACCACAUCCUCAACCUGGAGGAGGAAUAUCUGACCGACGUGGUGGACAGUGAGGCGCUGCAGGUGUACAUGAAGCCCCCGGCCCACGAGGAGGCCAAGGCCCCAUCCAAGGGCUUCGUGGUGCGUGAUGCCCCCUGGACCGCCAGCGGCAGCGAGAAGGCUCCUGAUAUGAGCAGCUCAGAGGAAUUCCCCAGCUUUGGGGCGCAGGUGGCCCCCAAGACCCUCCCCUGGGGCCCCAAACGAUAAUGACAGAAGACAGACACCUCACCAGCCUACUGGCCGAGCCCCACACACAGUUUGUCUCAGUGACCAGCGGCUGGACCCUCGCAAAUCGCCGACGCCCCCCUCCCGAGGUCUCGCAGUGAAGCUGGCCCAGCGUGGGGCCAGUCUCUGGCCUGCUCCUGCCCGUCUCGGGCCCGGCCGGCGUCCAGUCUGCCCUGUGACUGGUCUGCUCCCGGCCAGUGGGGCACCGGCGGCUCUGGGACGGCCCCGGGACAGCCCCGGGACAGCCCCCAGCUGCACUCUCUCACCAGGUAAUUGGACAUUUCACGACAUGACGCUCAGACUCUGCUUCCUGGUCCACCCAGCAUGUCCGAAAGGCCUCCACGCUGACAGUCCACAGCUGUGGCUGAGUCUACUUCCUGUGUCAUGACCUCAGGAAAUAAAUUUCCUUGACUUUAUAAAAGCCA